AACCUUUCGAUUUUUUGCUGUUGAUUCGUUGUCAGUUGAACCUUAGCCGCGUUGUUUUAUCUCGUGAUGACUUUGGGAAUCGUUUAACGCAUUUUUUUGCUUUUUUGAGCGAAUUAAUCGGACGAAAUGACGAAACUGGCUGAGUGGCUGACUGUGCUGGUGUUUCUGUUGUCAACUUGGUUCACACUGCUGUCGUACAAAGAGAAGUCUCACUUUGUCGACGAGUGGUACACGCUUAUUUUGUACUCUCCUGUCAUCUUGGUCUUCUCGCUCGGGGUUUACGCCCUUUCGUCUGUUCUUUGGGGAGUUUUGACUUUCAACGACUGUCCUGAUGCAGCUGAAGAGCUCCAACGGCAAAUCAAGGAAGCAAAGGAGGACUUGAGGAAGAAAGGUUUAAAAAAUUAAAAAAUGUACAUAGAAAUCAUUC